CAAGAUGGAGGCUGCGCCGAGGCCGCCGCCUGGGCCGAGGCAGCCGCUGCUAGGACCGCCGAGCCGCGGCGCCUAGGCCGUGCCAGUCCCGGACCUGCUGCCCCGGACCGGGCCCAGCUCCCGCCCCGCAGCCCGGCGGUCAGUCCCGGGCCGGCGGCCCCCGCCAGCCGCCGCUGCCGCCGCUGCCGCCGGCCCCGCCCCCGGGCACCAUGCUGCCCUCACAGGAGGCCUCCAAGCUCUACCACGAGCACUACAUGCGGAACUCGCGGGCCAUCGGCGUGCUAUGGGCCAUCUUCACCAUCUGCUUCGCCAUCAUCAACGUGGUGGUCUUCAUCCAGCCCUACUGGGUGGGCGACAGUGUGAGCACCCCCAAGCCUGGCUACUUCGGCCUCUUCCACUACUGUGUGGGCAGCGGGCUGGCGGGCCGCGAGCUCACCUGCCGCGGCUCGUUCACCGACUUCAGCACCAUCCCGUCCGGCGCCUUCAAGGCGGCCGCCUUCUUCGUGCUGCUCUCCAUGGUGCUGAUCCUCUGCUGUAUCACCUGCUUUGCGCUUUUCUUCUUCUGCAACACCGCCACGGUCUACAAGAUCUGCGCCUGGAUGCAGCUCUUGGCAGCUCUGUGCCUCGUGCUGGGCUGCAUGAUCUUCCCCGACGGCUGGGACGCCGAGACGAUCCGGGACAUGUGCGGGGCCAAGACCGGGAAGUACUCCCUGGGGGACUGUUCGGUGCGCUGGGCCUACAUCCUGGCCAUCAUCGGCAUCCUCAACGCCCUCAUCCUCUCCUUCCUCGCCUUCGUGCUGGGCAACCGGCAAACAGACCUGCUGCAGGAGGAGCUCAAGCCGGAGAACAAAGAUUUUGUGGGCUCUACAGUAAGCUCCGUGUUGCGGCCAGGGGGUGAUGUCUCCGGAUGGGGAGUCCUCCCCUGUCCUGUUGCUCACUCACAGGGACCCUGAAGGCCAGGAUCACAGCCCAGGAAUUGACCUGCCCUCAGCUUGUCCUGUCGCCUGCCCUCUCAUCCCUCCAGUCACGCUCCGAGGGAAGACCCUGAUCUCGGACAGACUUCUCACCUGCUACCUGCCUGUGAGCUCCAGGCUUUGAAGAGAGGUUGGGGCUGGGAUACAGCCUGGGGGAGGGGAGAGCCCUGCAGACCCUGGGAGGGCCUGGUUCCGUUCCUCCCUCAACUGACGUAGGGGAGCCGGAGCCCCCUGUCCCUUGGGCUUCUCCUCUCCUCUCUAGCCUGGCCUGGCGGCCCUGCAGAGUCUUCAGGGGAAAGAGGCGCUGUGGCUCCCUCAGUCUGGAGGGCUGCUGCCUGGCUGUAUCCUCGCCUCCUCUGGCCCCUGCCUCCUGCAGAAACUUACUUAUUCAAGACACUGCCCCAGGGCAGAUCGGACUCUUUCCUACUAUUUUUUUUUUUUUUUUUUUGCCAAUGAUGGUUCCAUCACAUCGUCACAGAGCUCCAGGAGCCACCAGCCUCCCUGGGGCCUCUCUGUCCCUGCUCCAGCCUGCUCCCAGCUCUCCCAAAGGAAUCUGAGCUGCACCGAGGGAGAAAGCACAGGGCCUCUCUGUCAACUGCUGGUGGGGGCCCUGUUCAGCCCAGAGUCUGGAAAAGACAGAUAGGCUCUGGAGGCAGCGGGAGGAGGCACUCUGACUCUGGUCUUGGUGGCACCUGACCAUGGCAGCGGGGGCUGGAAGCGGCUCAGGGUGUGGGGGUGGGGCGCUGGCCUGGCCUCCUGUCUGCUGGGAUGUCUCACCAGUGACUGGACCCUUGACCCCGGCCUAUUUUGUACAGCACAGACUUCUUGGCCCUGUUGUCAGGGUUGGGGGUUAGAGAGGGGGACCCUAGAGUGGGGAAUUAGGGCACACAUCCCCCCUCUGCUCCUUCUCAUGCCCCCCACCCCAGGCAUCUGCCAAGGGCAGAGACUGUCUUGCCUAUUUGAUACUUUUCUGCAUAACUUGAACUUGCAGGUCACCUCUGAACAGGGUACCCCUGUCCCCACUCCCAGGCCUUGUAACCCUGUCCCCACCUCUUCCUCCUCCUUGCCCACCUCUCGCCUUGCGAUAUGCCCAGGGUCUGCAGCCCGAUGGGCAGUGCUUGGAGCCGAGGCAUGAGUGUGUGAGUGUGUGUGUGUGUGUGUGUGCGCGCGCGCACGCACGCGUGUGUGGCAGCUGAGGAGUCUUCUCUCCCCCCUCCUCCCACGUAGGGGCAUCUCCUGUGCCGUUGGCAGGGAGCAAGCGAGGGAGACUCCAGGUGUGUCUGAACUCUCUGCACUGCUCCGUGGACCUGGCAGUACGGCCAUCUGGCCUGGGACGUGGACAACUCCUUUCGGCCCCUUGCUUGGGCAGCAGGUUGGCUUCAUCUCUGUGCCUACUUCUGUCUUCGGUACUGGCUGCCUGGUCCACUGUGCAGGAGCGUGAGGCUCAACGGGGAAGCAUAUCGUCACCAUUGCGUUAUGUCCGCCUCAGGCAAAGGAGGGGAGAAAAGCAGUGAGUGCCAUGUAUUUGCCAAUCCUGUGUUCAUUUCCAUGGACUUGGACCUGAGAGUUAGGGUUCCCAAGACAGACCCUAGAAAUCCUCUGUCUGAGUGCCCCAUCUGGACCCUAACUGGAAUCAGAUGCUGGGUCCUGGUAGGAUCCUGAAACCUGGAACUUAACAAGUCCUGACCCCACCCUCUCGACCCCCUCCUCUGGGCAAACACUUUCCCCCCAGUGCUCUGGCCCUGGCACUGUGCUCCCCGCUCUCCUGCUCCCAUCAAGCCCCACACUGCAGCCUCACGACUGGUGCCUUCCCCAGCAGCUGCCAGGGGGGUGGGCUGUACACUGGGGUCCCAGGCUGAAUGGGAGGGAGUGGGGGGCAGAAGUGAGUUCCUCAAGGAUCCAAACCAAAGCCCAGUGUUGGAAGGCUGCAGGGGCAGGGGCUGGGAGCAAGUGAUCAGGAAUGGGGAGAAGACAGAGGUGGGAGAAAGAGAAGAAGGGAGGUGCAGAGAUAGGGAAAGUAAGAGAUGGAGAGAAGGAGAGAGGGAGACGGAGAGACAGAGACAGCAAGGAGGAGGAGGGAGUACUGAGAGAGGUACAGAAAUGGAGAGAGAAGAGAGUGAACAGAGAGGGGACCAAGAUGGACAGAGAACUUGGGAUGGGGGAGGGGAGGUGGCUGGAAAGACGGAAGAAGAAAUAGGAAGGUGAAGGAGGCAAAUGGAGAGAGAUGGGUUGUGGGAGGCCAGACUGGGAUGCAGGGGUAAAAAGAAAGGGGAAAGAGAGGAGGAUAGAGUAGACGGGACCCAAGGAAUGGGGGGGCAGCUGCUGUGUGCACAAUGUGUGAGGGAGAGCUUGUCCCCAAAGGAUGCCUACCGCCUAAGGAGGCCACCAGAUCCCUCUACCCUGAUGGAGAGGUUAGAACCUACCACCUCAGAGGCCAAGGCCCAGGCCCGGGGCCCAGGCAGCCAACACCCCACCCCUUUGGGGCAGGGGGACCACAUCAGGGGUACUAAGCCCAGGUGAUUUCUGAGGAGGUUAGCACCACUUGACUGGGUUAGUGGCCAAGAAGAGGGAGGUUAAUUUCCUUUGGGGUGGACUGACAGUGUUUCCACGUCACCAUCCACCCAGACAGCUGCUGGCCUGGCAGAGGAAGGGGCAGCUUGGAGAUGCACCCAGGAUUCUGGGGUCCGGUAAGCAGGGUUGGGUAAGCAGAAGGGAUGCCAGGGUAACACAGGGAAGGGAAGGAGGUUGGAGUGCGGGUCAAACCACAGCCCUGUCCCUGAGGCUUCAGCAGAGGCAGGAGCAGAGCGGUAACAGAUGCUGCAGCUGGGCCCCCAGUGAGGCCGACGCGUCACCAAACCCGGGGCCCAGAUGGCAGCCAUCAUAGCAAGGGAAGUCUUGUGGUGUGUCCUCACCCAAGGCAGGUGGUUUGGCUUUAGCCUUCAGGAGGAGGCUGGAGAGAGAUCGUCUCUGUUCCUUGGUCCCUGAAAGAAGCUGAGCUUUGCAAGCGGCCCAUUGAGGCACCCCUCCCCCAGCUGUGACAAGAUCAGAGGGGUCUGGCACUAUCUGUCUGGUUUUCUCUGCCCUGGUCUGGGGACUCUUUCAGGAUAAGCCAAAGCAGCCACAACCUAGAGGUGGUUCGGAGCACUGGUUGGUCAAGUCUUUCUGGGUCUCUGCAAUGUGAAAACUUUCCUCUUUGGGGACCAGCAUCCAUGGAGGAAGACAUUGUUUUCCUGAGGGGGUGAGGACUAUGGAUAGGAUCAAGAUCCUUUUCAGGCCUGGAAUAGCCAAGAAGUUGAGAGCUUUUAGACAAGGCUGUGGGAGAAAAUUCUUUGGCCUUCUUUUGAGAUUCCCGCUUGGGCACAGGGGAAUCACCCUUCUCCAGCUUCCAGUGUGAACUAAGAAAGGGAAACCCUCUCUUUGGAAAAGCUGGGAUCUUCCCAGCACAAGAAACUUCCGCAGGCCCCUGCCUGGCUCAGGGCUAGCCUUCAAGUGGGACUGGAGUUUCCUGAGGAGGGAACAAGGGAGCCACAGUCCUUCCCAGAGCUCUGACCAGCAGACCUCAGAGGGCCUGUGCUGUGUGUUGUUAGGAUAGCUUGGUGUUGUCUACACCCCAUUAGUGAGUUCUGUCUGAAUGUGUCCUCGCUGUUCAUUGUCCAAUUUGGUACCAUUUAUCUUGGUCCUGAUCCCUUCUGCUGCUGCUGGAUUUGAGCUUCAGUGCAGGUGGAAUGAUGUUCAAAUAAAGAAACACUUUAUAUCACCCAUGCUGGCUUCGUCUCUGAGUUGGCCC